GGAUUUCCUGAGGCUAUUGAAUCAAACUUCCUGACUGAAGUAGGACUACUGCCAGUGCUGGAGAACCAUCACUUGCUUAUUGAAGCUUUGAACAUCUCCAAGGACAGAGCCAUCAACCUCUGUUUAAUCAGUCUGUAUUUGCUGCCUUCCCUUAAAGAAAAAUUUCAUCCUAACAAAAUAAAUUUCAGCAUCCUAAGCAGCUACUUAUUAUGCUUUUGCCACAUCCCCCAAGAAUACCUGAACAUCAGUUACAAAGAUGAAUCUAACCUUUAGAUCUGCUGCCCUUCCCCUCGAGCCACUUUUUUUUUCCACAUUGCAUUAUAAAUGGGAGAGGCAUGAAACAAGACAUCCUCACAAGUACCAAAUGCAGGAGGAGAAGUUACCUAGAAGUUUGCUGCUUGUGCAGGCUUCCAGGAGGUUUGCCUUGUUUAUACCAGGCUUGCUUUGAGCCACUGUCCAGCUUAACAUCCAUCAUAAGUGUCAGGUUCUUCUCAACUGCUCAGCCUGUGCUUGUGAAUGGGGUUACUUCAGCUUUAGAACUGUACCCUUCUUAUAUUAAAGUUCCUUUAAGGCUCAAUGUACCACUGGUCCUGCUUAACUAAAUCUUUGAAGUCAGUUGUAUUCCCUGAAGUAAUCUUGUCUGUGAACUUGCUGAGGGUUUUCCGUGCGUCUUCAGCUAGGUUACUGAUAAAGAGGUUAAUUGUUGUGAGCCCUGGAGUUGGUCCCUGGGCUACACUGCAGCUUACUGGACAGCAGGAAGAGGCUGGGCUGUUGCUCGUUGUCCUUUGAUCCUGGAAGUCCAGCUGAUUUCAGCUCAUUUGUCAGCCUGAUAUGCUUUAAGGGAAAGUACUGUUGUGUUAGUAUGGUUUUGAGAUACUUAAGAAAUAACUCAUUGCUACUAGAAUUACAAAGCCAUGGAGCUCAUACACAUCAAGCUUAAAUGCUAGCAUCUAAAACGCGUCACCACAUGGGAGAGCAUCUUAAGGAUUAUGACUGCUUUUGUGGAACUGUUAGCAGACAUUCUAACUGCCUGCAAAUGUUUGAAAACAAGGAAAGAAAAAAUACAUGCUGUUAUCUUUGGUGAUAGUAGGAGCUACAACUGUUGAUUUUUAACUUGACUGUAUGUGUAAGCCUCAGCCACAUUAUGGCAAACUUCACUGGGAGUAGCUUCUGGCACAAUUCUCUGCAAACACAGUAUGUUCCAAGAAGUAAACAAAUUAAAGCAUGGCAAAAGCAUACUUCACAGGUGCCCGUUUGUGUUGUAUGGUGUCUGGCCGUGUUGUCAGACUGCAGAUGCUGGACCUGGAAUCUAACUCAGGCUGUGUGUGUUAACUAAACAACUCUGGAAACAAGUAGUUUUCAUACUCAUAAUGUAUCUGUAGGUACUUCUAUUUAUGCUACUAAGAUCUCUGAAGCUUUUUACUGAAAUAAGUAGAUUACUUAUGAGAAAUCAAACAGGCCACAUUUACUUAUACCCCUCGCUUGUGUUAAUAAGCUUCAGCUGUUUGCAGAAUAUUUGCAGCUUUGAUCUGAUAGUUUUGAUAUGCAUCUCUUCAUUGCUAAUGUUAAGCAGGAGGAGGCAGAAACCAGUGCUCUGUACAACAUGUAUUUACUCUAAGUAUGGAAAAUCUUUUCACUUCAAAAAUAGGAAUUGCAUGAGCAAAUAUGUAGUCUAUUUUUCAUGUUUUUGAAGCUUAACAUAAUUUUCAGAUUUUCCAAUAAACAUACUGGUGUAUCAGUUUGUCUUAGUCUUGGAUGUCACAAUUUACAAAAUGCUGAGAGCAUUGUUAAAGCUCACCUGGGAUACGUCUGUGUAUGGAUUUAAGGGAGGGAGGGGAAAGGGAAAGAAGUUACAAAUGAAGGGGGUAGAAUCAUGUUUACAGAAGCAUGUUCAAACAUUCACCCUGAAACUGAGUGGUUAAGAAUAUAUACAGAAACCUAUGUAAAAGAAACUAUUCUAUGUGCAAUUUAAUGACCUAGGGCUGUGCCAAAGCUCUAAACCUUUAGAUAAGGAUUUGUCUGUCAGGCCUCAGUGCUACUGGAUCUGCUGUCACAGAAAAUAAUGGAUAGCAAAAAUAAAGAAAAUAACUAGACAGUAUGAAAAGCAAUUAAAAUCAAAUAAAAAUUGACUACUCUAUCCUUCUGUGAUACCUGUGUGCUUGGUACAUUGUCUUAGAGGGGAAGGUGAAUGGAAAUGAAGGCUUUUUCUUGCUUAGAGGAAUAAAGUUAAAGAAGGGAAGUGUACCAAGAUGAAAUAUUGUUACCACUGAGCAUAUAUUAAGCAUGCACAAUGAAGAUAACUGUUCUGUUCUUUAAUGUGUUUGGAUGAUCUACUCUGUACUUCACAAAAGUAUGUGAGAAGAAGUGAUCUGACUGUCAAACUGUCAUCUUAGGUCCUCCAGCUCCAGUCCGAACUCCGAUGAAGUAUGAAACGCAGAGACCAGUGAAGAGAGGACUCACAAAGGACAUAACCUGUCUGAAGGAUUUUAUGAAUGAUCCCAAAAGAGAAGAACCUCUAGUUGGUUUAGAACAUGUGGUUGAAAUCAGAUUUGAAGGAAGAAAAGAGCCGCAUUAUGAAUGCAAGCUGUGUGGGUUUAAUACAGAGAUGGCACCCAUGAUAGAACAUCUCAGUGGGUAUAAACACAGAAGAGCAUACAUAUCUAAAGAAUUUCCAGAUAAAAUGAAGAGAAAGACAACAGAUGUAAAAGAAUGCAAAGUCUCAUUUCUCAGAAGAAUAGCAGGAGAGCUAGAGAAGACUGAAGGAUUAAAAAUGUAUAAGAUUGAAGGUUACAUAAGACCAAGUACCUCACCCCCAUCAAAGAAGAAAGCAAGGUGGGAAGAUGAUGAUAAGCAUGAGAAUGAUCCUGUUCGGAAGCAGAAAGCUUUAGAGUUCUUGGAAACUUUUCACAUCACCUCAGACUCAGAAGCAACGCUCGUUGUUCACAUUACACAGGAACUUACAGAAGCUUUAAAGUCAUUUUGUGAAAAGAAAGCAGCAGUUAAUUAUACUAACAGCCUGAGGCCACUGAUGUCAAUAUCUCAAGAUGAAUUUCCAGCAAGAAAGAGCAUCCCAAAACUGUAUAAGCCAUAUGGAAAAUCCAAAGGUAAUGUAGGAAAUCCUAACUGGAAUCAAGGUUCUUCAUCUCAGUAUGAACAGUGUUCUGCAGGUGAUUCUUUUGCUCCCGAUAACUCACACAGUUACCAAAGUGAUGACAGAUCAUCUUCCUAUGGGCUAAGACCUAGUGACUUUGCGAUGAUGUCUGCACUCAGGGACUCUUUCACUCUUCAGACUGGACGCUCUGCCAGUGGGCUCAGUGAAUGGCUGAGACAGUUCAGCCGAUCUGCUUCUGGCAGUAAUUCAGCCCGUGAGGCCUCUUCAUAUGAGACAAAUUCGGUGAGUGAGUACUCAGCAGAAUAUAUGUCCAAAGAUACGCAAGGAAGUAAGCUCCCUGCUAACAGACUGACGUAUGGCGAGGAAGGGACAAAUUGGAGGAACCAACAAGUAUGUACAAAAGCAAGGAGCGUAAGUGAUCAAGGAUUACCCUAUCCUUAUCCUUCAUCUGGAAGAUACUCAACAAACUAUCCUUCGCAAAGCUAUUCCUCUUACAGGAGUGAUGGGUCUGCGAACUCUUGUACAUUUUCUGCACAUUCUGCUUCUUCAGGAAGAGGUGGCUCCAGGUGGAACGAGGACUCCAGGUGGAACCGGGAUUCUAGCUGGAACCAGGAAACUAGGUGUCAAGAAUAUAGGCAUCAGAAGUCAGGCUACAGAAGUGACUGGGGUUCACGUCCCUUCUCUGGCAGUGGUUCAUACAGAGAUAACCAACAGUUCAGAGGCUCAGAUACGACGUUUGAUGAAGACACUGUUGGUCUUGCUCCUAACACUUUGAACAGACUAGGAGGAAAGGAUAUACCUGCAAUGACCAGGAUGCUCAAGCAGUUGGCUCCGUAUUAUCCAGCCCUUCAAAAAAUAAAUAUUCAGACAUUAGCCAAUGUGCUAGUAGAAACUAGAGGAAAAGAUUAAGGAGCGACGACAGCUGAACUGGAAACAUGAUCAGAUCCAAGCAUCUUCAUCUCUUGGCUUUCAGGAAAGAGACUGCGUUUGAUUGUGUGACUGGCUUUGGAAGGGGAAAGGGAGGUAGAGUUCAACGUUUUAACGUGGUAAAUAUAGCCAGAACACAAACUUGCACAUAAUGGAGGUGAACACUAUUUUCUUUAGGCUUUUUUAAAGUAUUUGUUAUAUCUUAGUAUAUUGCAGAAAAAUCUUUUGUUAUUUUUUUGAAAAUAUGUUAAUGUUAUUCUGUCAGGAAAAAGCUAAUCACCCUUUUAACAUCCUUCCCCACUCAGAAAAAAGAAAGGUUUGCUUUUAUGUUAACUUUUUAGGAAGAAUGCUCACUGAAAAUACAGGUCUGUUGCAUGAAAAUACAGGUGUACUUUCCUUCAAACAAAUUUAAGGUCAGUUCAUUUAAGGCUUUAUAAUUUGGGUAUUUUAGAAAUAGAUACACUACAUUUCUGUUUAGGAUAACGAAAGGUGAGUGUCACAGCAAAGGUAUUCUCUGGCUUAAUGUCAUGCUAUAAGAGAAAAAUGUAAUCAGUUCUAGGGGAUUGUUAUGUAACGGGCAUUUUACCUGCCUUUGUUUUCGCGGAAUGGAAAGGGACAUGCAAUAUCGGCAGACUUUUAUCCUGCUCAGAAUGAAACUGUUGCAAAUUCACUUAGAAACUCAUUUGUUGAAUUGAUCCAUACUAAAAGAGAAUUUUUUUCAUUCUUCCUAUUGUUAAAAGCAUAUUAAGAAAUAGUAGAACCUAUAAGGCAAUUAGUUAAAAUAACAGGGAAAAUUAAAAAUUAAUCAAAAUGACAUAGUAACUGAGAAGUAAUCACCUGUUCAUGAUGUUUAUCAGUGGGCCAGACUUAGGUUUUCUUCUCCCUGCACCUCUGAGCUGUAAGUUCAUGAACUCCCAGCCUAGAUGUCUGCUUUAUAUAAUUGAAUAGAGUGUACAUGGGGCUAAAGAGAGGGACUAGAGUGAGACAUCUUACUCCCCACCAUCUGUUCUCCUUUUCACUGCCGUGUUAUGGACUAUGAUUUUUCUUUUCAUCUAUACCUGGAAUAUUCUUUGUCCCUGCAACAUUAAAUACUUGUGCUGACGUAGGGUUAGUCUUAUGAGCUGUCAUAUUAUUGGUUCACAAAAAAUAACUUUGGAUCUUAUAAUGUAAAUUUGAACUCAAAGGCAACUAAGCAGUUGAUUAUAGAGCAUAUGAUUUUGAUUCUCUAAAAUUCUUCUCCUCCAGUUGUUUUGCUUGUGCAUCAGAAAAGAUCCACUUUCAUUCUUCAUGUCUGUACACUGCUUCCUUUCCUCCAGAAAGUGUAGUGCAACUAAAUAUCUGUAGAAAAACUCUACAAAUUAACGUUAUGACCUUUUCAGCUGGGGUCUUUGUAGAGACAUAAUUUUUCGCCAUUUCUGACUCCUUUUGGGAUAUUCCAGUGCCAUACAGUAGCUGGAUGAGCUCUUCCCAACUUAGAUGCUCUUUCUUCCUCCACAUUCCCUUAUUUUUUGUUUUGGGGAACAGUUCCUGUUCCUGCUCAUUACACAGGGUCCUGCUUUGGGGAAACAGUUCCUGCAUUUUGAAGUGAGUUCGGAAUGGUAAGCGAGCUAAGAAAUGCCUUUCGUCAUUGAGUUACUAAAGGCUUCCUGAACUGUAGAUAAGGUGUUUUAGUCUUAUAAAUGCUCCUUUCUUCACGGUUUCAGUCUUCAAUUUUUAUCAAAAUCAAUGAACUUCUUGGUAUGUGUCUCUGUUGGUUCUAUUACUCAAGCAUUAGCAUCUAGGGAUUUUUUUUAGUUGGUAGUUUGCACUCCAAGCCUGUCUUCUUAUGUGCAACUGCUCCCAGUGCUUCCAGCAGUUUAUUCUUUACAGUUUAUUUCAGUCACUGAAACUGGCUGAAACUAAGCCAGUUUCAACUUCAUCACUGCUUUCUCCUUAAUUUUCAUUUUAUCUUUCUUCUUUCCAAAGACUUCCUAGCUUUGAAAAUUGAGAGUUUCAGAGUACAGUAUCUGUACUGAUACUGGCCUGGGCUCUGCCACUUGGCACUCCCAAAUUUGUUGACUCCGCAAUUGAUUUCAGAUGCUUUUUUCCCCUGCAUCCUAUACCAGCAAACAGGUGGAGCUGACUUGAGUCAAACAAACAGUAUUUUUAUUAUUGCAGGAACACAUUCUUCUGUGGAGUACAGUUUCCUAGUAGUCAAGUGAAGCGCAAGAAGAACAGACAGAAGCAUUUUCAGGAUGCAACUCUGCAAAAGGCUCGUUUGCCCUUGUGACAGGAGUAGUGAAGGUUGGUUUGCUUUUUCAGGGCUGUGCAGAACUGCAGUACCGGGCAUCAUUGCCUCAUUCGGAGAGUUUCUGUGACAUCUUCUCCCUCCCUCUGUAGGGCCAGGUAUUUACAGCUCGAAGUGUUUUCUUUUACAGGGUCUUUCUUUCAGUCACUGCCAAUGGAGGCAUCCAUCCCGGGAAUGUGCCUGUUUCACUUCUUUCUGUCUAGUCAGCAUCUCGUCCUACAACUGUGUCUUCUGACAGAUCAUGACUUUGGGUUCUGGCUGUCUUGUUUUCACUUAGCUCAAUCCUGCCAUUUUUAAAGGAGGAUUCAGCUGAGAGCAGGAAAAGGAAAGCAUAAAUCCAGGCUUAUGACCUUUUUGGCACGUGACCAGCAGCGUCCACAAAGGCACCAGGUAAGAAGACUUCAUGGAGGGGAA